CUGUGGUCGAGCAGCGAGGAGGAGAGGGAGGGAGCAGCUGAAGCUUUCUCUCUCACUCGGCAGGCGGUCCUCGGACACCGUGAUGGGACUCCACCGUCGACCUGCCAACGCUGGCGUCCGUUGACCCUGAACAGGUGCUGACUUUCAAUUGCUAAAUUCUACAACAAAAUUCCACCAUGGAAACCUCCCCAAAUAUUACUAAACUCACAAAGGAUGUCGUCCAAUCAGAAUGCCCUAUUCCAGAAGAGGCGGAGCUUGCAGAUGCCCUUGGCAACACAGAUCCCAACGCCAACUGGGGGGCGGAGCCUAACUUCAACCUCAACCUUACUCGGACAUCGCCAAGCAACCCCCGCCAAGCCACAGAGACCUCGAAGCUGCAUGGAGCGAACAAAAAGGAUCAUGGGAACAAAGGAGGUGGGGCAAAAGGAGCAGUUACUACGGAAACUGGCAAGUCAGCAAGCACCCUGAUGACCCAUGUGAUGUCACCAAGGGAAAGAGAUGAUCCAUCGCGACCAAAAAGCAAGACUUCAGCUUUGUCUCGCUCACCCACAGCGGAGGCGUUGGUGAACAGCAAAGACGAGCAAAGGUUGAAAUCCCCAAACCCCAACCGUACUCCUUCAAUCAGCCAGAAGUCGCACGCAUACAGCAACAUGGCGGCAAGUCCAAAACCACAAGUAACCAUCGGUAGCAGCCCCAGAACGACCGAAAGAGUCAAAACACAAGUACAGAGAGCGGUACCUGCAAGCGUCUCAAACCCCAUACCACAUGUUGCACUGACAACUGGACUGACAACAAAGACUACAAACAAGUUAACGGUUAGCCCAAAAGUGCAAACACAUGGAAAAGUAAUUAGCCUUGAGACACAGUCACCAAAGAUGCAACACAUUCACGUAAGCCCAAACGGACAUGAUCAGAAAGGGGAUUUAAACGUUACCAAUCAAACCCCAACAAUUACAGCCAAACCCCAAAAACCAGACCCAGCAAGCACCAGACAUGACUUAGGGACUCAUAGUUCUGAGAUGCCCCCUGUAGGACCAAAAUCCCCAAAUCAGAGGGCUGAAAUGGCACAGCUCAGCGCCAAGACUCCUCAACCAAGUUCUCUAAGUGCCAAACCGUCCACACAGAGGAAAGCUUCUGGGACCAGAAACAGUAACGCAUCAGGGUCCAAGGACAAUCUUGAUGGUAAAGAUUCAAGCAUCAGUUCUGGAUCCAAAACCAGUUCCAAAUCCAGUUCAAAUUCUAAAGCCACAACCAAGGAUAGUAUGGAUUCCAAAACCCUCUCUGAUUCCAAAGCCAGUCCCAACUCUAAAACAGCAAUGGGGUCUAAAGAUAGCCUUGAUUCUAAAAGCGGUUCUACUUCUAAAACAAGUUGGGGAUCAAGGGACAGCUUAGACUCCAAAACGGGCUCCAAUUCUAAAGCUAGUCCCAAUUUUAAGUCUGGGAUGGGGUCCAGAGAUAGCCUUGAUUCUAAAACUGCAACGGAAAUCAAAGCAAGCAAAACCAAUCCAGAUUCUAAGACAGUUGUGGGUUCGAAAUCUGGCAGUGGGUCAAAGGACAACCUUGAUCCUAAAACUCAGACUUCAGACUCUAAAGCCAGUUCGAAUCUCAAAACCAGUCCAAGAGUUAAACAGGGCUCUGUGUUAAAUCCCAGUUCUAAUUCUAAUGUCUUUUCCAGGUCUAAACCUGGUCUGACCCGUUCCUCUUCUUCUAAACCUUCUCUGGUGGCGUCUGGCUCUAAGAUGGACCUUGUUGGAUCUGUUUCCCUUUUGUCCUCUGGAACUUGUCUGUCUGGGUCCAAAGACAACAACCCCAAGGCCGCAAGCUUCAGUGCGAAACCCAGUCCAGAUGUUAAAGCUGGUUCCGACUCUUCUAAGCCUGGACCAGGUCGGUCUAGCUCAAAGUCAGCUCUGGCAGAUUUGUCACCCUCCUUGAUACCGUCUCCUACACCAAGUCCGGCAAGUAGCAGUCCUGGGUCUGAUCCUGGCAAAGCUCUUGGUUCUAGUCUGGCUGGACCAAACAGGGAUGUCCAGAGGAGUCCUGGUUCUGAUCCAGAUUCUGGUGUGAUUUCAGGCCUGCUGGAUCCUCUGGCCACCUCCAGCCCCAAAACCAGAACCACUGUUGCGUUGACAAUGAUGAAAGGAUCCACAUCAGCGCCUGCGGCAGUUGCAUCAAACACCAGCAGGACAUCCAUUAAUAUCAGUCUAACUCGGGGUCUCACCUUUGACUCUAUCACCAAGACAUCGGCGAAAACAGAUGCUGCUGUUGACGAAGAACAUUUAAAAUUGCCGGAGACCAAAGUGACAGCUGUAGGAGACCCGGCAUUAUCCCAGGGGGCCAUGCAAGGGGUAGAUGUGAUUGACAACAUAGGGUGGUUGCCAGGAGAUAGAAAGAUACUGGGCAACCUGCUGAGCAAACCAAGUCAACUGGGAGACGGAAAUGCCAUCACCACUGGUAGCAACAUCCCAUCGCCAAGGGCAAGGGGUGUGGAGAGGAAAAAGGAAGACAAGAAGAAGCAGGAGAGGGGGAAACCGAAAUAUGGUCCAGGGAGUUCUUCAUCUCCCUCUCCUUCAUCACCCCUAAAUCCUCUUCCUCAGCUUUCCACUCAUCCAGCGAGCUCCAAGACAGUAAGGGAGACCGCGACCAUGACCAGCCCGAGUGAGAGGCUUCAUCUGCAGGGAGGGGAGCGCAGAGAGGUGGGCGUCCAAGUGGAGGUAGUCGAAUGCUUGGCUUCCACCAGCUCCAGUCGCCACAUGGGAGCUCCCUCCUCCCUGAUUGGCUCUCCCAGCUGUAAGUCAGGUAGUUUGAUUUCUCCGACCGUCCCGUCACUGUGCUGCAUCCCCGCCGGGCACCCACCUUUCCAGCACGUCUGCAAGAUCGACAUCGAGCUGUGCAGCCAAUUGGUGCUUCCGUCUGUUGGAGCUGAGCGGGCUAGUUCCCUCCCCGCCUGUCUGCGUACGUACAGCUUCCAGCAGAGCCCCGCGGUCAUGCCCGAGCUACAAUUCAGACAAAACCAAGACAUAAGCGCUGAGAGCAACUGGGAGGAUGAGGAGCAGGAGGAAGUUGUAAGGGAGCAAAACGAGGAGGAAGACGAAGUGGGUGGAGAGGAAAGGGAAGAGACGGGGAAGCCACAGGAGGUGGCGUGGGACCAACAGGGAAGGACGUGGGAGGUGUACGGAGCCUCGGUGGACCUGGAGUCCCUGGGCACUGCGAUCCAGUCCCACUUGGAGUCAAAGAUUCGGGAGCAGGAGAAACACAUCCGGACUCUGAGGAAAUCAACCUGCUCCGACGGCAGCCUCACAGGUUAUAAGAGGAAGAAGAGGAGAGGAGGGAUUCUGGGAUGCUGCAGAAAGACGCCCAACGUGACAGACUAA